AAGCGCGACGUCAGUACUGAAACGUCACCAUUGUGUGCCCGGCCAUCGUAUGUCAUCGAUUUAAGCUAAAUUAACUACUUGUGAAUAAUUUGACGAAUAUUCACGUACGGUUGGCUAAUUCUGCUCGAGACUAACAUAAAAGUAAAGUAAAGACUAGUUGGAACGUCUUUAAGUUAUAUAUUGCCAUGGCGUCUCCAGGGGGACAAGGAGGAGGGGCAGUGUCUACAAGAGGAGCAGGAGCUCGGAGGAUGAAAUGGGCUCUGGAGUUGAGCUUGGGCAAUGCUCGGGGUCGUGGAGACAGACAGAGUAACCAGGGAGAUGUGAUGUACCCCAUUGGAUACUCAGACAAACCAGUCCCAGACACCAGCAUCCAGGAAACAGACAAAAACCUGGUGGAAAAGCGUUGUUGGGACGUGGCCCUGGGCCCUCUGAAGCAGAUUCCCAUGAACCUGUUCAUCAUGUACAUGUCUGGGAACACCAUCUCAAUCUUCCCUAUCAUGAUGGUCUGUAUGAUGGCCUGGAGGCCCAUUCAGGCUCUCAUGUCCAUGUCUGCCACAUUCAAGCUGUUGGAGAACUCUAACCAGCAGUGGCUCCAGGGGCUUGUCUAUUCUGUAGGGAACCUGUUGGGCUCGGCAUUGGCUAUCUACAAGUGUCAGUCAAUGGGACUUCUCCCAACUCACUCCUCUGAUUGGCUCGCUUUCAUAGAACCGCCUCAGAGGAUGGAGAUCAUGGGUGGAGGGAUGGUAUUGUGAAGAGGACAGAAGACGCACACAUACUGAAAUAUGCUGAACUGUUCUGUUAAUACAUUAAAUCUCUUCCAAGUCUUUUCAA